UUUUUAGAUUUUUGUUUACACUUUCCAUUCGCUAAUAAGCAGGGAUAUGAUUAGUGGCGAAAUUCAAACUUUCCGUGGCGAUAAUCACGCCAGUGAAGCAGAGCAAGGAAGCCAAGCCGCGAAGGAACCUCACUAACUCUCUCAAAUCUUUGUUGCUCACUGGUUGAGUUAGGGUUCGUGCUUGGUUUGUUCGAAUUGAAAUUGAAAGAAGAAGAAGUACGAAGAUGGCCAUUCUCGGUGCUCAUCUCAGCUGCAAGGUUUUUCAUCAUCUUCAACAUCGAAUUUUUUCAAUUCCCUGGUUGAAGAAGAACGUUGAUAUUGCUUCUUUCAAAGGCAUAGUCUACUGUUCUUCCGUCCCCGUAAGGUACAUUCCGAAGAAGUUAAGAGAAUCACAAAUCUCUUCUCCGCCUUUAAGCAGCUCGGAGGAAGAGGAUGCCAGUAAACAUUCAGGUUCAAAGGCGUCGAGGAUAGGGGUUUCACGUGGUGGCACUGGUGGUCGGAGAACAGUUCCUUCAGCGAGGAUGCCUCGGAAUCAAGACGGCAGUGGAAAUCAAAUAUCCAUUAAUGGGUUGAUGUUUGAUGAAGCCAAACAAGAAACUUUGACAUUUUCAAAGUUGGAAGAAGAAAUUGAAGUGGGGGACAUAGACCGUGAAAUCAUGGAAGACCUUGAGGCGUUUGUUGAGGGAAAUGAGAUUCAUGAAGAGAACGAUCACCAUAAACGGAAUGUUCCACAAGCCAGUAAAACUGCAAUGGAUGCCGAGAAGUUGGCAAUUGAAUUGCUAGCGACAAGAGCAUUUACAGUGGUUGAACUGCGUAAAAAACUGCAAGGAAAGAAGUUUCCUAUUGACAUCAUUGAUGAAGUUAUUAACGAUUUUAAGAGCAGGGGUUUGAUCAAUGACGGCUUGUAUGCGGAAACAUAUUCUCGGUCUAGAUGGUCUUCCUCUAGCUGGGGACCAAGGCGGAUCAAGCAAGCACUCAUGAAGAAGGGGAUUAGUGAAGUUGAUGUAGAGAAGGCGGUAACGGUGGUUUUCAGGGAUGGAGAAUCUAGUGGAGAUCAAGAGUCUGGAUUUGGCCUGUCAAAGCUUUCGAUGGAUCAUCUAUUUGUUCAGGCCUCAAAGCAAUGGUUACGGGGUAAGGAUGCAGCACUUGAAAUGCGAAAAUCUAGGAUAAUUAGGUGGCUUCAGUAUCGUGGGUUCAACUGGGGUGUUAUUAGCUUCAUAUUAAGGAGGUUAGAAUCUCAGUAUCCUCCCCAAAGCAAGUUAGGAUGAUCUCUCACUUGUAUGUAUGCUGUUGAAGAAACAAGUCAUUUGUGAAUCCAGAUGAUAGUUUGGAAAAUUAUGUUAAUCUUUUCCCCAUGUUAAAUAUCUUUAGCUGAGGAAUUUAAAUUAGAUUUGUUUGGCCUUCAGCUGCCAAGCUGCUGCUUCUUGUGUUCUUCUCUGCUAUCCAUGUACAGUUAAGUGUACUACCACUGGCAUAUUUUUCUGAAAGGCCACUUAUGUUUUCAUGUAAUCCAAAUAAAAUUAUCAAUGAGCACUCACCAUUUGUGAUGUUGUUUUUA